AGGAGGCUCACCGCGAUGUCGUCCGCGGGCGCAGAACCGCUGCGCGGAGCUGGGGCACUGGUGCAGCCCUUGCCCCGGGGGGAGGCGAUGGGGGCAAAGGGCCGCCACUGGCACUGGCCCCGGGAUAAGGCCCCCGGCGGGGACUCUGCCCCCAGGCUCGUGGGCGGUGCAGGGCUCUGCCUGGCACCCGCCCGCACUGCGCAGGGCCCCGGCAGGCGCAGCGCGUCCCCCCCCCCGACGGCGAUCCAGCGCGGAGCCGCCAUGGAGAGGAUGAAGCAGGCGGUGGAGCGGGCCAGAGCCGCCUUCAAGUCGGGCCGGUGCCGCUCGCUGGAGUUCCGGAUCCAGCAGCUGAAGGCGCUGGAGCGGAUGGUGCACGAGAGGGAGGAGGAGAUCCUGGGAGCCAUCGAGGCGGAUCUGCACAAGUGCGGGCACAACGCCUACAGCCAGGAGGUCCUGGGCGUGCUGGGGGAGCUGGCCCUGGCUGUGGACAAGCUGCCGUCGUGGGCGGCCCCGCAGCCCGUGAAGAGGAACCUGCUGACGCUGCGGGACGAGGCCUAUGUCCGCCCCGAGCCGCUGGGGGUGGUGCUGAUCAUCGGGGCCUGGAACUACCCCUUCAUCCUGGUCAUGCAGCCUUUGAUCGGGGCCAUCGCGGCAGGCAAUGCCGUGGUGGUGAAGCCCUCGGAGAUCAGCGAGCACACGGCCCAGCUGGUAGCGGAUCUCCUCCCCAGGUACAUCGACCCGGAGUUGUACCCUGUGGUCACGGGAGGAGUAGCUGAGACGACAGAGCUGCUGACACAGAGAUUCGAUCACAUCCUCUACACCGGCAGCUCUGCGGUGGGCAAAAUUGUGAUGGCAGCAGCUGCCAAGCACCUGACGCCCGUCACCCUGGAGCUGGGUGGGAAGAGCCCCUGCUACAUCGACAAGGACUGCGACCUGGCCGUCGCCUGCAGGCGGAUAACGUGGGGGAAGUACAUGAACUGUGGGCAGACCUGCAUCGCCCCCGACUACAUCCUCUGCGACCCGUCCAUCCAGGACGAGGUGGUGGAGAAUAUCAAGACAACUCUGCAGGAAUUCUAUGGGGAAGACGUGAAAAGGUCUCCGGAUUACGAGAGGAUCAUCAACAAGCGUCACUUCCAGAGGGUCCUGGCCCUGCUGGAAGGGCAGAAGAUCGCUCACGGGGGAGAGGCCGAUGAGGCCUCUUGCUUUAUAGCACCAACGAUCCUCACUGAUGUUUCCCCGGAGGCCAAGGUGAUGGAGGAGGAAAUCUUUGGACCCGUCCUUCCCAUUGUGACAGUGAGGAGCGUGGACGAGGCCAUUGAGUUCAUCAGCCGUCGGGAGAAGCCGCUCGCCCUGUACGUCUUCUCCAACAACAAGAAGUUAAUCAAAAGAGUCAUCUCAGAAACCUCUAGUGGAGGAGUUACUGCAAACGACGUCAUCAUGCACUUCUUUCUCUCAACCUUGCCUUUUGGUGGUGUCGGUAACAGCGGGAUGGGCGCCUACCACGGCCGGCACAGCUUCGAGACCUUCUCCCACCGCCGGGCCUGCUUGAUCAAGGGCCUGAAUAUGGAGGGGGCGAACAAACUCCGGUACCCACCUAGCAGCCAGAAGAAGGUGGACUGGGCCAAGUUCUUCCUCCUGAAGCGAUUUAACAAGGGCCGAGUGGGACUGGUUGUUUUGGCGCUGCUGGGGGUCGUGGCAGCGGUGGUGAUAAAGAAUCACCAGUCUGUGCUGAAGAGGAAAGCCCCCUUGAUUUUGCUGGCUGUUCAGAGGCUGGGCUGGCUCAGUAUGUGUUAAGGAGGAGCAGGUUUCAGAGCACUGCUGUUGCUGUUACGGUGAGACGGUUUACUACUGAAGAAAGAAGGUGCCAUAAUCGACGUGCUAUAAUCAUACCCUGAGCUUGGUGUCUCUUUUCCUAAAUUGAGAAAUCAUUUUUUUCUUUGGUAAUGGAUUAUUUCAGUGAGCUGUCAAGCGCACAGAAUAGGCUUAGAAAGGCACUAACCAGGACUCAUGUUUACCAAAAAGCCAUGCAGAAAUAAAGGGACCAGUUGGUACAAGCUAUCAAAAGGAGGACUGAAGAGCAAGAAAUGCCUGCGUCGAGGUAUCCAUGCUGUGUCUUGCACCAGAUCGCUCAGCUUUUCUUCAGUGACAAAUGAUCUCAGGAUUCAGCUGUAAUUUGGUCAACAGAGUUUUCCCUGCAGUUAUUAGGAUGUCUGUCUUUGGUUGUACUCAUAACAACUGCCUUCUGGUGACUAGUCUGAACCAGAAUGUGCUCAGAGUGUGCUGGCUAAUGGUUUUUAUCGAUAGUGAAUGAAUAAACCUAAUGAGGUUCCCACUUGCCUUCUAAUCAAGGCGAGGUAUCUGUGGAUCCCUUAGAACAAGAAUUGUCCACAGCUGGUCAGGGGAUGCAGGCUGACAUCCCUCUUUGGGAUCUGGGUUUCAUGGCAUGCCCAUAAGGAUUGUUUGGCUUUUAAAAAAUUACAAAGAAGGUACUUGUUCCACAUCUGUUUUGCAAAUAAGAGUAUCCUGUGCUUGCACAAAACAACUUCCAGGCCUGUUUAGAGAACUGGGAAUGACAAAGAAUCCGUUUCUGCUCUGAUUCCUCCAAGGAAAAAUGAUUACAGAAACAGAGUGUAUUCCUUUGUGUUUGAGCCUCUGGGUUGCUAUAAUCUUGCACUGGAAAUAAGGUGGGAGCUGUUCUAUCUUGGGGAGUGGAUACUGGGAAAAUUUAAGGCUUGAUAUUAAAAGAAGGAAUAAUAAAUAGCAUAUAAAUGCAAUUCUCAACAAUAUAUAGUGAAAAAUUAUAUCUACUGUGCAAUAGAAGGGAUUUUUUCAUGCCCGGUGAAAAUCCAUGCGCUAAGCUUUUAUAGCAAUACAUUUUGCAAGUACUCAAUAAACACUGAGAAUUACAUACUAAA